AUGAGACACCUGCAACUGCAAUGGAGCUGGCUAGUCAUUUUGCUAGUUUCAUGCUUAAGGACAUAUGCAUCAAGGGCCUCUAAACCCAAUAUUUUACUGAUGAUGGCUGAUGAUCUUGGUUUGGGGGAUGUAGGGUGCUAUGGCAAUGAUACACUAAGGACCCCUAAUAUUGACCGUCUGGCAAAGGAAGGAGUGAAACUUACUCAGCAUAUCGCUGCGGCUCCACUUUGCACGCCAAGCAGAGCAGCUUUCCUGACUGGCAGGUACCCCAUCAGAUCAGGAAUGGCAUCCAGCACUAAACAGUGUAUUCUUUAUUGGAUUGGUGGCUCAGGAGGGCUCCCUCCAAAUGAAACAACUUUUUCCAGAAUACUGCAGCAGCAAGGUCAUACCACAGCACUUAUAGGAAAGUGGCAUCAGGGUAUGAACUGUGAAUCCCACAGUGAUCACUGCCACCACCCUUUAAACCACGGUUUUGACUAUUUUUAUGGGAUGCCUUUUACCCUUGUGAAUGAGUGUCAAGGUACAGAAAAUCGUUGCCUUAACACAUUGGUGCAAGCUAAAUAUUGGCUUUACAGUCAGAUAAUUGCCCUUACAGUGCUCACACUAUUGAUUGGAAAACUGACCAGCUUAUUCUUGGUAAAAUGGAAAGCAAUCAUCUGCUUUGCCCUGUGUGGUUUCCUGUUUUUCAUCUCCUGGUUCUUCAGUUAUGGAUUUGUAAAGUAUUGGAACUGUAUCCUCAUGAGAAACCAUGACAUUACUGAACAACCAAUGAAGCUAGAGAAAGCCACUUCCAACGUACUUAAGGAGGCUGUUUCAUUUAUUGAACGAAACAAGCACGGUCCAUUCCUCCUCUUUGUUUCCUUUUUACAUGUCCACACACCCCUCGUCACCACAGAGAAGUUUCGUGGGAAGAGUAGACAUGGUUUAUAUGGAGAUAACGUAGAGGAGCUGGACCGGAUGGUGGGCAGAAUUCUGGAUGCUAUUGACAAAGAAGGCUUGAAGAAUAACACAUUCACUUAUUUCACAUCUGACCAUGGAGGAUCCUUGGAGGCUCAAAGACAAAAUGCCCAGUUGGGUGGUUGGAAUGGAAUAUACAAAGGUGGAAAAGGCAUGGGAGGCUGGGAAGGAGGGAUCCGUGUGCCAGGGAUAUUUAGAUGGCCAGGAGUAUUGCCUGCGGAUACAGUUAUUGAUGAACCUACAAGUCAUAUGGACAUUUACCCCACAGUGGCUCACCUGGCUGCAGGGAUAAUGCCUCAGGACAGGGUGAUCGACGGAAACCUGAUGCCUUUACUGCAGGGAAAAGUUCAGCUUUCGGAGCAUGAGUUCCUGUUUCACUACUGUGGGCUAUAUUUACAUGCAGUACGGUGGCACCAAAAGGACAGUGGGGCACUGUGGACGGCUCAUUAUGUGACUCCAAUAUUCCAUCCAGACAGUGCUGGAGCCUGUUAUAGAUGUGGAAUGUGCCAUUGCUUUGGGGAAGACGUAACCCAUCAUGACCCUCCUUUGCUCUUUGAUCUCUCCAGUGACCCAGCUGAGACCAAACUUCUGUCUCCUGCCACUGAGCCCCUGUUUGACACAGUAAUAAGCAGACUAGAAAGAGCUGUUCAGGAGCAUCGCAGGACCCUGAUUCUGGUCCCUCAGCAGCUCUCUGGGUACAACAACAUAUGGAAGCCCUGGCUGCAGCCGUGCUGUGGGACAUUCCCAUUUUGCUGGUGUGACAAAGAAGGUGACAGUGAGCAGGAAAUUCUUUAA